GUACGAUAUCUUGAGGACUACCUGUGGAGGUUCCAACACGCUCUGUAACAGCCCGAACGGUUACUUGCCAAGAGGACCAUGACUGAGCGCAUCGACCGGCUCGUCCGGACCUGGAUUGCUGCAGAGCAAGAGCAGGUGGUAGAGGAAGCUGCUUCGGAGAUUGCGCAGGGGAAUGCCACCCUCUUAAGCCUUGUCAAAUCUCUUGGGGAGUACUUGACAUCGGAAGAGGAUGAUCUGCGUACCAAGGGUGUUGAAUUUCUUUCCCUGGUCCUCGCAAAAUGUCCUCCGGAGAAGCUAAACCGGCAGUCAGUCCGAGUGCUCACUAUGUUCUUCUGCGGCAAACUGGAAGACACGGAAACUAUCAUCCCCGCGCUGAAGGGCUUGGUCACGCUGACCAAGUUGCCCGCGUUCACCUCGAUAGAUGCCGUUGAAGUCAUCAAGGCAAUAUUUGCGCACGUAAAAAUGAAGGUCCUCGUACAGUCGCAACGUUUCAUGGUAUUUACGAUCGUCGACGGCCUCGUCGCCCGCCAUCGAGAAGCUUUCAAAGCGCUGGGCGAUGAGUUCAUUUGCGGAUACAUUAAUAUAGCUGAAGGCGAGAAAGAUCCUCGCAACCUCAUGCUGGCGUUUGCGAUCGACCGCGUCCUUGUGAUCGAGUUUGACGUACAGAAACACAUUGAGGAUAUCUUUAACAUCACCUUCUGCUACUUCCCUAUCACAUUCCGACCUCCUCCAAAUGAUCCGUAUGGUAUCUCAACCGAUGACCUGAAAGGUGCACUGCGAUCCUGUCUGCAUGCCACACCUGCGUUCGGCCCAUUGGCGAUCCCCUUGUUCCUUGAAAAGCUGACCGCUGGAUCACCUGUUACGAAGAAAGACACGCUUCAGACGCUGGAUGUCAGCCUUCCGGUCUAUGGUCCCGCAGUGGCGAGAGAGAAUGCCCGUAAAUUGUGGAACUGCCUCAAGCUCGAGAUUUUUCAACCGACGGAUAGCGAAACGGAGGAAAAGGCCUUGAAGACCACCCAAGUUCUCAUCCACACCAUCUACUCCGCGAAUGAGGCCGUGGGCGGCGACAGCGCAGAGAUCGAGGGCUUGGCGAAGGAUGCUUGCGACGAAUGCAUACAAAUCCUCCGUGAGCCUGAGAAGAGCCAGGCACAACACGCUAUCAAAGUCCUGUGUGCUUUCAUGUCGACAACUCCAUCCGUCGCACGCUUCACGCUCGCAAGGGCGGUCCCGCACCUGGUGAAGCUCUUUCACAACCCUGACGAGCUGCCAAACCGUGCGCCGACUUUGAGGCUACUUGCGGAUUUGAUCGAGGCAGCGCGAAAGUCUACUGCAGAGGAUCCGGAAGUGCUCCCGGAGGAAGGGAACGUGCCGCUUUCGCCAUACAAAGACGAGGUUCUUGGCGUCUUGACCGUCGGCUUGAAAACGCCGGCCUCUGCGCUACCUGCCAUCGACGGCCUGAAAAGUAUGGUACGCACAGGUGGCCUACUGACGGAUGAGGAACUGGGCUUCGUGGUCCACAAUGUGAAUGAUAUACUGCAGAAGGAUGAAGACGAGAGCGAGAUAAGCGACGCAUCGUUGGACCUUCUGUGCACCGUCUCUUCCUUUGCACCAUCCCACGUCUCUAGCAACACGCUUCCUCUCCUCUUUACUGCGCUUCCAGACAGGGCACCUAUGCGCGAGGCAGAGGCCGACCGCGUUCGCUGUUGGCGGACACUGGCCUACCUGAAAAAACUCUGCACCCACCCUGAACUCUUCGAGACUCUAGUCGUGCGCCUCUCUACGAAGCUCGACCUGCUCUGCAUACCUUCAGCAUCUAGCGACGAGCAAUCUGGUACCGAUCUCGAGCCGUCGGCUGCCUAUGCGCACUCUAUUCUGAAGACCCUCGCCGAUGUACUCUCUGCCAAGAUCGAUCUGGGCCACGCUGACGUCGUGAAGUACAUCGACCGUCUGGUGCCGCGGCUAUACAACCUCUUCAUCUACUCUACGCUACUAGCGGAGGAGAAGCCGAUGCCCGCCACUGAACCUCGUCUACUGGCCGUCUCAGCGCAGAUCAUCACUUUGGUGACGCAGACCCUCAACGCGGCGCGACAAGAGAGCUUCAUCAAAGCUAUCUUCGCAGCGUACCUGGAGGGCGACGUAUCACAGCUGGUAGACGGUGUGCAGAAGAUUCCGGGUGACAAGAAAUUCACGCCGUUACAGCCUGGUGCCUCCACUUCCCAGAAGAACUUGGUGGUGCUCUUUGCCGCUGCGGGCGUUGCACUACAUAAGGAAGUAUCACUCCCCGUCCCCGACGAGACAGUCCUGCUGAAUAGCCUCCUUCAAUGGACCGUCGACAGCGCUGAGAACGCGCUCCAGCGAGACGCCGUGACGCAUCUGAUUUCCGCCAUAUUGAACCGACAUGCAGACAAGCUGGAGACAUUUUUGUCUGCGAACAUCGCGGCCUUCUGGCAUGCCCGAAUUGCCGACGCGACCGUUGCAGCCGACGCCCGUCGAAACGCGAUCACAACGUUCACAUGGGUGUCAAAAGCCCUCCUUGUACGCGGACACCCCACCGCGAUGGCGAACGUCGACCGUUUGUUCGAGCUGUUUGACGACGACAAAGUCAACUGGGACGCUGCGCGAGCAAUUGGGUUGAUCCCGGGACCCGACAAGAUUCUUACGAAAAAGAACCACGCAGUCACCCGGAUACUCUACGCACAGAAGUACUGCAACGCGGUCCUUCCCCGCAUCAUCGAGGGUGCGAAGGCAUCACAAUCCGCGAGACAGAAUGCGUUCCUCGUCGCACUUGCCGCACUCAUCAAGUCGGUACCCAAGUCCACGUACACGGACCAGAUGAUAUCCUUGAUGCCCCUGCUCCUACGCGGGCUUGAGCUGCCCGAUAACGAGAUCCGCGCAAGCGUCAUCGACACGCUGCAAGCGGCCGCGACGUCAGCCGGAAAGGACAACACCCUCCUCGCCGAGCACGCCGCGAGCCUCGUCUCCACGAUGCUCAAGAACAGCAUGGUCUCGCACAUGCCGUCGGUGCGGGUUCGUGUGGCCGCGCUGCGAUAUUUGGCCACGCUGCCGGAGGUCGUCAGAUAUGACGUGUUGCACCCGCAGAAGGCAACGGUCGUCCGAGAGCUUGCGAAAGUGUUGGACGACCCGAAGAGGGCAGUACGAAAGGAAGCAGUAGAAGCAAGAACAAACUGGUUCAAAUUCUCUGGUUGAGUGCCACGCAUGGGCACACAUGUGGGGUAUGUGUAGCAAUUGCAGUCAUCUAUGUAGAACAGGGCGGCGUGAGGACUACAGUGCGCUGUGGGGAUAUAGUAGUGGUGACAAGUCGACGAUGAUGUGUAAAGAGAGAUGUAUUAGAUACUAGUUGCGCACGCGCGCAGAAGACAGCAGCCGUCCCCCGUCCAUGGCCAGUGAGCCCAUCCCCCCGAAUCCAGAAACCAAGCAACGACAGCGACAGCGACAUAACGAUAGGGAGCGGUAGGAGCGUGUGCGCACGGCGUGUACGGGGGUCUGCGCUCAUGACACCGCGGCCAUGAUCGCCUGCGUCUUGAGAUUUGCCUCCGCCAAUGCCAGCUCGAACGCCUGCAUAUGUUCCUGAACGAGCUUCCUCCCAUCGACUCUUCGUGAUUUGCGUGGGGGUGUUGAGCCCGACGGCGUCGAUUCCACGUCGAGGCCCGCUUCCCAUCGCUCUAUCCGCACACGACUUCGCUCUGCGCUAUCCCACUCCGUUCGCCACCCACCCAUCUUGUUCUUCAGCGCCCGGAUCUUCCGACCGGCUUCGGUCGUCGCCGCAGCAUUCACUUGUGUAUGCUCAGAUAUCGUAGCAAGCGAUGCGGCGGUAGAUGUCGUGAAAGUACGUAGGUGCGCAAGGAGAGUUAUGGUCGCAGCGGGGGUCGGGGGACCACUGAGCAUUGGCGGUGGCGCGAACUCGGUUUUGACGGGUGUCUGCGGGUCGUACUCGUCCUCAUCGUCCCCGAGGCGGGCCUGAUCGGGGUCGACCUCCCAGUCAUUCGCAGACAGCGCCGGAUCCUCUGCGAUAGAAUCCAGCUCCUGCACAUCCGCCUUCAACGCAGCCGACGACGGUGCCUGCGCAUCGUCCUUGACAAAGUCAUCCAGCUCCGGCAGGUGUCCAAGCGCCUCGUUCCCGCCGACCUCGCCCGCGAUCUUGCGGAACUCGCGGUCGUACUCGAGCAGCUCCCGUAGCUGCGUCUCGCGAUCGCGCGCCGUGUCGUUGAUGCGCCGAAUCACGUCCGACGCGAGCCGCUCGAGCCGCGGCUGCGACGCGUCCCCGUCCAGGUGCCGCAGCUGCGCGAGGAACUUCUCCGUCGACUCGAGGUCUUGCGCGAGGAUCGCCAUCGGGUCCGCCUCGGGCUGCCGCCGUUCCUUUGUGGGCGACGCGACGGGGCUCCGGAACUCGGGGUCGAAGUCGGGCGGCGCGUCAAUCGCGGGCGCGGGCACGCCGCUGAGCUGCAGUUGCGCGGCGAGCGAGUCGUGGCCCAUCUCAUCCUCUCCAAACUGCGGUGCCGGGUCCCCGUACUGAGCCUCUGGGGGCUCGUCAAUGCCUUCGGCGCCCUCAUCGUACUCGAUCCCAAACUCCUCCGCGAGCAGCUUCGAGCCCGCGCUCGGUUCUGGUAGUAGUGCCGCUGCGAGUUCGUGGGCGAGCGAAUGUCGUCCGUUUGCUGCAUCGUCGCUGCCAUUCAAGGCAUCUGCUAGAGACGGGCCGCGCAAGGACGUGGACGACUUGCGACCGCCAAGGUUCUGCUUAGAUGGUGACUUGCGGGGGCCCGAGGUGGAUCCUGCUGAGAGGUAGCGCGAGCCGAAGACAUCGUCGUCGUUGUCGAUGGAGGGCAUGGCUGGAGAGUGUGCCGACGAGGACGAUGGUUGUCCUUUGGC